AUGUCUUCGAUAAUGCAAACAUUGACACCUACCUGCCUACAGCCCCCACCAAAUGAUCUCCUCGCACCAACCAGAGGUGAACUCCACAUACUCCUCACCCAACAUGCCGAAGCCAAUGGAUACAAGCUCGCCACUCGCUCUUCAGAAGACACCAGUGUCCGAUACACAUGUCAUCGUUCUGGCCCAAAGCCAUCCGAAAACUCAGCAUCCCAGAAGACCAAUUGCCCAUUCUCUUUCACUGCCUACCAGAUAACCGAAUCCAAAGUACCCACUGCACUUCAUCAGCUCGUGAAUCCCAGCUAUAUACCCCCUCGAGUGGGUUGCUGGACAGUUCGUAUCAAGCAUCCUGGACACAACCAUGGUCCUAUAGGUUCAGAAACCCAGGAGACCAAAUGCCCGGUUGCCGAGAGUCUUACCGUUAUCAAGCAACGAUCAACCGUGAUGCUUAAAUGUUAUUCAAAAGCAUUCGCCGAAAUUCAAGACAUCCUCAACAAGUAUCACACCAAUACCCCAGAUGCUUCGACUUCCUCUCAUCAAUACCAAUCUAAAGCCAACAUCUCUCCAUUGAACCUACCUUCCAAUAUGAUAUCAUUCCAACCCUCACCACCACAUCCAAAUUCACCACCCAAUCGAGCUACCGAAUCUCCCAUCCUAAAACCUUCCGAACCCUUCAUUAUGAAGUCGGCCCCCAUUUCCACCACCUUAUCUUCAAUUUCAAACCCAAAGCGCAAGAGGAAGAUCAAGAAAGCGCCCAAAGCACCAGAACCUCUCCCUACAGCAUCGACAUCACCGCCUACCGUUUUGCAUAACGCAGUUCCAGAGCCCCCACCCCCAGUCCAGGUCCCGAAUCUCCUCAUGGACGUUGUUAACAUAUCACGUCAACCGCCAGCUACACCAUCUUACGCAUUGAAAGCAUCGGACUCAGCGCAACCAAACUCAGCAAUUUGUCUGAGGUUGAACCCUUUGGUCGAUUAUGAUUCAGAAGCAUUGCCCACACCUGCACCUCCCAGUCCCGCCAACCCUGCCACAAGUGUGGACUCUCCACUGCCUUCACCAACAACCAUCAUUCCAGCCAUCAUUACGACUCUAAGUCCACGCGAAUGUUCAGGUCCCACUGCACCUAUCUCUCCCACCGAUAACAAUGGUGACGAUAGCUUUGAUAUCAUAUCGCUUCUCCCACUCACAAGCCCAUCAAAGCACCCAGAAGAAUCAUGCUCAACCGUGAAUACCAUCCAGACCGAGCAACUCACAUGUACCAAUGUAAGGACCGCCACCUUGACCCAACGGGACCAUUAA